AUGUCAGUCACUCACUAACUAGCGUUCGUUUCGUACUUGAAGAAUUUCAGUUAGUGCCUUGAAUUCAUUCAUUUUUAAUUACAUAACCAUUCUUAAAUCUUCAUUUUACUAAUUAAUUAGUAUUUUACUAAUAUUCGUCUUACUAAAAGUAUAAAUACCGCGGUAUUAAACGUAAUAUAGAAUAAAAUAAAAAAUCUAAAUUAAAUACUAAAAAUGUCGAAAAUUAGAGAUCCGACUGAUCGACAACUUGAAGAUUACAAAAAGACUAUUACGUCACUUGAUAUAUUACGAACUGGCAAUGGUACACCUGUUGAUGAUCACACUAAUACUCUUCAAGCUGGAGAGCGAGGUCCACUAUUGUUGCAAGAUCAUACUUUUUUGGAUGAAAUAACUCAUUUUGAUCGUGAACGUAUACCAGAGCGCGUAGUUCAUGCUAAAGGAGGAGGUGCAUUUGGCUACUUUGAAGUAACCCAUGAUAUAAGCAAGUACUGUAAGGCAAAUAUUUUUUCCAGUAUUGGCAAACAAACUCCUGUAGCUGUUAGGUUUUCUACAGUAGGUGGAGAAUCAGGAUCUGCUGAUACUGUAAGAGAUCCUAGAGGAUUUGCUAUAAAAUUUUAUACAGAAGAUGGUGUAUGGGAUUUGGUUGGAAAUAAUACACCAAUUUUCUUUAUAAAAGAUCCAAUGUUAUUUCCAAGUUUCAUUCACACUCAAAAAAGAAAUCCAGUUACUCAUUUGAAGGAUGCAAAUAUGUUUUGGGACUUUUUAACAUUACGCCCAGAGUCGAUUCAUCAAGUUAUCAUUUUGUUUUCUGAUCGUGGUAUUCCAGAUGGUUAUCGCCACAUGAAUGGUUAUGGUUCACAUACUUUUAAAAUGGUUAAUUCUAGUAAUAAAGCGGUUUAUGUUAAAUUUCAUUUUAAGACUGACCAAGGAAUCAAAAAUCUUGAUGUUAAGAAAGCACGUAAUCUUGCUGCUGAUGAUCCUGAUUAUUCCAAUCGUGAUUUGUAUAAUGCUAUAGCUAAUGGUAAUUACCCAACAUGGACAUUAUAUAUACAAGUGAUGACAUUUGAAGAAGUAGCUUCAUGCUCUUUCAAUCCUUUUGAUAUUACUAAAGUUUGGUCUCAUGCUGAAUAUCCAUUAAUUCAAGUUGGCAAACUUGUUUUAAAUCGCAAUCCUACAAAUUAUUUUGCUGAUAUUGAACAAAUAGCAUUUAGUCCAGCACACUUAAUACCUGGUAUUGAACCAAGUCCUGACAAGCUCUUGCAGGGACGUCUGUUUUCCUACAGUGAUACUCAUAGACAUCGUUUGGGUACAAAUUAUCUACAGUUGCCAGUCAAUUGUCCUUAUCGAUCAAAAGUAACCAACUAUCAACGAGAUGGUCCUCAAGCAUAUAAUAAUCAAGGAUCAGCACCUAACUAUUAUCCAAACAGUUUUUCAGGUCCUGAAAAUCAAUCGCAUUUGAAACUAUCAACAUUUUCUGUUUCUGGUGAUGUUAAUAGAUAUGAUUGGAGUAGUGACAAUUAUAGCCAAGCAGGUAUUUUAUACAAAAAAGUUAUGUCAAAUGAUGAACAAAACAGGUUGGCCGAAAACUUAGCUGAUAGUAUUAAAUGUGCUGCAGAUUUCUUACAAGAAAAAGCUAUUUAUCAUUUCACCAAGGUUAAUAAAGAAUUAGGAGAAAAACUUCAAACUAAGUUGGAAGAAGCUAAAUAUGCUAAAGCAAAUCUAUAAAUAUUUCAUUUGCUUAAUUUAUUUUUAAUAUGAAUAAUAAUUUACAAAUUAUUCUUGAAAAAUAAUCAUUUUUUUGUUUUUUAUUAUGUUUAUUGUUAUACUAAAAUUAUUCAUUUUUUUUAAAAUAAUGAAUUUAUAAUAUUAAUAGUUAUAAUAUUAAUUACUGGUGAACAUUCAAAAUGUUUUGAAAAUUAUCAUAAUAUAUACCAAUGUUUAUUUUUCUAAAAUAAAUUUAUUUUUAGAUAAUUAGAUUAAUGUACACAAAAUUAUGUCAUGUUAUAAAUCUUUUUUAUUAAAUGUGUUGGUGUAAUGAAUAUAAUAAACAAAUACAAUAUUUCAAAUAUGAUUGGAAUGAAUUUCAACUAAUAAUAAAUUUUAUUGAUCAGAGUUGAUCACACUUUUAUAUUAUCUUACAAAUAAUAAUAAAUGUAAAAUAUUUUUUUAUGAGAAGAAUUUAUUACUUACAGUUAGGUUACCUAAUAUUAAAUUGUAUUAAAUAAUCAAAUACAAUCUAUUGUAAAUUAUUACUUUUCACCAAGUUAUAUUAGAUUAACUUUAACUUUAUAAAAUUAUAGUUAUUUUAAAAUUAAUAAAUUUUAUAUAAUUAUAUUUUAUUAUAAUUUACAAGGAUAAAAUUUUCCUUAAUACUCUAUACCUCAUAAAGUUGCGAGACAUAUUGUACUGUUUCUAAAAGUAUAACGGCAAUUUUUUCUAUAAUUAUAUUAUUUAGACCAUUAUAAUUUUAAGGUUUUGUGUAUUGACAAUGACGUAUUCUCAAAAUAAUUUUUAAUUAGAAGAUAGUAGUUUUAUUAUUUUAUUUACCGAAAUAUUUUCUAGUUGCUUCACUGUACCAAUGAAAAAACAUUGGUUUGAUUUUGAUUCAAAACCUAAACACUUUUUUGUGUUAUCUUUUCUUUGUAAAUGUCCUUGCAAAAUGUCAGAAGCUGAUAAGUAGCAUACAGGAAAGAUUGGGUUAGAGAAAAUAUGGUAUUCUUAUAAUAAUUGCAUGAUGUGUUUUUUUUUUAUGUCGGCACUUUUUCUAGCUCUCACGACCGAUUUUUCUCAUCGAUACGUCAAAAGAUCACAAAUCGUAUUUAGUUGAAAACAUUAUCCACAAAAAUUGAAAAAAAUUCCCUUGUUCCCCGUAAACGGGGGAAAUUCCCCAAAUAAUUACAAAUUUAAAAAUCGCUAAUUUUCGACAUUUUUUAAAUUUAUUUUUCUUAAAACUCUCAUAACUUUUUUAAAAAUGACCGACUCAAUAUUUAUCUAUUUAUAGAUACCUUAGGAAUUUACCUAUUAUUUGAUAUAUUUUUGUGAACAUUUGACCCUUUACCAGCCCACAGGAAGGGUUUCAAAAUGGCAACUUUUUUACAAAAAAUUAACUUUUUCAACUUAACUUUUGAAAAUGUUUCGGAAAGGCUGAUACUUUUAUAUAUAUUUUAAAUUAAAACUUAUGUAAUAUACUUUAAUUUGAAGAAAAAAUUUAA